GUGUGUGUCUGUGGUGUGUGUGAGUGUGUGAGCUGAGGUGUGUUGAGUCACGGGACUGUCCGCUCUGUCAUAAAGUCGUAAACUCCAGUGGAAAUGAGCACUUCCCCAAUCAGAGACAGCAUUCAGCGUUCAGAACAACACACCCUCGCUCAGCUCACACACUUGCUGCUCCUAUCACACACUGUACACACACACACACACACACACACACACACACACACACACAACAGCCUUCUCACACACUCGUUUGUCAGACUCAGGUGCUCUAUGGGGGAGAAGGAGUUCAUCAGCGUUUGGGUUCGGGACCCUCGCAUCUGCAAAGAGGACUUCUGGCACGCUUACAUGGACUAUGAGAUCUGUAUACACACCAACAGCUUGGCGUUUAACAGGAAGAGCUCGUGUGUGAGGAGGAGAUUUAGCGAGUUUGUUUGGCUCAGACAGAAACUCCAGGAGAACACACUACUGCUUGUAAAUCUUCCUCAGUUACCUCCAAAGAACCCCUUUUUCAGUUUGAAUAACGGACAGCAGAUAAACACACGCAUGAAGGGCCUGCAGCAGUUCCUACAGACGGUGGUGCUGAAUCCCCUGCUGCUGUCGGACAGCUGUCUGCACCUCUUCCUCCAAUCACAGCUCAGCGUGCCGCACAUGGAGGCGUGUGCGGAGGGAAGGGGCGGAGUCACCGUGACACAGGCUAUUCACAGCUCCGCCCUCUCCAGGCUGCGCUUUGGGCCCGAGCAAGAGGAGGACCUGAGAGAAGACCACCAAGAGCAAGAAGAGGACCUGAGAGAAGACCACCAAGAGCAAGAAGAGGACCUGAAAGAAGACCACCUGGUGAUAGGACGAUCUGAGAGAGAACCAGCGGGAGUGGUUGCAUCAGAUGUGGAGUAACCAAGGGGCCUGUGGAGCCAACACACACUCUCCCUCUCUCUCUCUCACUCCCUCUCUCUCUCUCUCUCCCUCUCUCUCUCUCUCUCUCCCUCUCUCUCUCUCUCCCUUCCUCUCUUUGUCAAGAGGCAAAACAGCAGCUGACACUAGCCAACACACACACACACACACACACACACACAAACACACACACAAACACAAACACACACACACACACCUCAGACGCAGCCUGAUGUAAAUCUCAGUGAGUUGUUACAGUAUAAGAAUAUAGUGAGUGCCUUAACCAACUAACGCAGAGCCAAUAACUCUGCUUAUGCACUAUGAUGUGUGCUUAUGGGGGGCUUUUUCCGUAAGUAAUCUCACUCCAUAUUUCCAACAAUUAUGACAACUGCACCACACACACACCUGAUAAUGAUCCUGAAAGCCUUGUUCACCUCUUACAUGUAAUGUGAUGUCUGUAAAACCCAAUGGAUUCUG